GUCACGCUGCUGACGGCCGAGCAGGCGGCGGCGGCGGUGGGCCGCUUCCACGGCAGCGUGCUGCGGCAGCGCCGGCUGCGCGUGCAGCUGCAGCCCGCGGAGGCCGUGCUGUGCGUGGCCAACCUGCCGCGCCUGCUGAGCCAGGCGCGCUUCGAGGAGCUGCUGCGGCCCUUCGGCAGCCUGGAGCGCUGCUUCCUGGUCUACAGCCGCGCCUCCGGCCACUCCAAGGGCUACGGCUUCGCCGACUUCAUGAAGAAGGACGCGGCGGCGCGGGCGCGCGCCGAGCUGCAGGGCCGGCAGCUGGGCGGCCGCAGCCUGCACGUGCACUGGGCGGACGCCGCGCAGCUCGGCAGCCCCGAGCUGCUGCACUCGCGCUGCCUCUGCGUGGACAGGCUGCCGCGGGGCUUCUGCGACCUGCAGCGCCUCCGGGGGAUCUUCGAGGGGGUCUGCGCGCCCACCUUCUGCCAGCUGGCGCUGGGGCAGGACGGGCAGCCGCGGGGGUUCGCGGUGCUGGAGCUGGACUCGGCGGAGGCGGCCGAGCGGGCGCAGCGCGCCACGGACGGGCUGGCGCUGGGCGGGCGCCGCAUCCGCGUGUCCUUCUGCGCCCCCGGGCCCUCGGGCCGCGGCACGCUGGCCGCGCUGCUGGCCGCGCAGGCCACGGCUCUGAACCGUGGCAGGGGGCUGCUCCCCGAGCCCACCCUGCUGCAGAUCCUGGCCAGCCUGGGCAACCCGGCCUCGCUGCAGCUGCUGCUCAACCCCCUGCUCCACGGGGCCCUGGGGGCCAAGCAGGCAGGAAUUUUGGGAGCUGCUCCCUCCCUGCCCCUGGUGCCCAACCCGGCGCUGUCCACGGCUCUGCUCCAGCUGGCCCUGCACAGCCAGGCCCAGAAACCGGGAAUUUUGGGCGAUUCCCCGCUGAGCUCCCUGGCCCAGCCCCCCGGGAAGCUCCUGGGGGAGAUUCCCUCAGGUGGUCCCGUGCCCGGGGACACGGCGGCGCUGGGACCCCCGGGGACCCUCCCCAAGCCCCUCCCCAAGGCCCUCCCCAAGGCCCCGCCGGGCGAGAGCGGAGCCCCCACG